AUGGACUCCUUAUCUAAGAAGAUUCAAAAUUUGGGUAUCCACGAUAUUCGCAAUGCGGCAAGAUUUGCUCAGAAUAUGAUUAUUCAGUAUGAUCCUUAUCAGGUCGAUAUUCGUCGUGCUACAAAUACAGAUUCUUGGGGCCCAACUCCUAAGCAUUUGGAAAAGGUUUUGAGAAACAGAUAUCAAGUGCCACUCUAUUUGAUGACAGAGUACACAUUGAAACGUUUGGUAGAUCACAUUGCGACAAGACCGAAAAAUUUAUAUGAAAAGGCCAGAAAGGAUUAUGUAAAUUAUGGAUCAGAAUGGAGGGUUGUGUUUAAAUGUUUGGUAGUUGUGGAGUAUCUACUGCUCAACGUUGGUGACGGCGAUGAGUUGAACCAGGUUAGAAGUUGUUUGACCACACAUAAGCACAUUAUCACUAGAGAAGCAAUGGAAUAUAGAGUUGCGUUUUCCAAUGACGGUAAGAUGGAAGUCCACGAACGGGGUAUAAAAAAAAAAUGUGAAAACAUACUACAAUUGUUGGAAGAUUCUCAAUAUUUGAAAAAGGAAAGAAAUAAAAACGGUAAGAAUCAUUUAAAGAUUCGAUCACAAGGUAUUUCAUCAUUGUACAAUGCCAAUCCCGUCAGCGGAACCGAUGACGUGAGUGAACUUGUCGAUGGUGAGGACGAUGAUGAGGAUAUUGUCGUUGGUAAUAACAAUGCAGAAACAGGUUCUGCUGCACAGAGAAAUCGUAGGCGUUCAACAAUUGAGGAACAAAGAAGACAGAGAAGAGAGAUUUUAAGGGAAAAAAUUAAGAGCACUGAGCAGGAAAGAAAAAGACAACUGAAUAAUCAGCAAAACAUUCCAGACCUCAUCGAUUUAGACUUCAAUGAAGCGCAACCAUCAGCACCGCAAAAUGGAAGCGAUGCGGCCAUUCCUGUUUUUGGUGAGGAAGACGGCGAUGAUGACGAUGACUUUGGCGAUUUUCAAGGAGGAUCGAAUGGUAAAACGGUAUCAACCGCCGGAACUACCACAACAACAGGAGCACAUGCUCCUUUAGACAAUGACUUGUUAGAUUGGUCAGCUUCCCCAAACGCACAAACGUCAAAUGCAACGCCAAGUGCACAAUCCAAUCAGGCUAAUGGUCAAAAAGAUGACGCAUUUGCAAAUUUAUUCUCAUAUUCAAAAUCACUAAUAUAG